AUGCACAGGACAAGACAUAUGCUUGAAGAUCACCAAACACCCGAUGUGCCCAAGAGAAGGAAGCUAGACCAUAAUCAUGACGAUGAACAAGGACCCUGCCGUGCAUCCACCUCGGCACCCUUCUCCUACGAUGAUUAUACAGUCGGAUGGAUCUGCGCCCUUCCUGUCGAGAUGGCUGCCGCUAAAGCGAUGUUGGACGAGAUUCACCACGCCUUGCCCAACCCUCCCAACGAUCAUAACACCUAUACACUGGGACAGAUGGGUGCUCAUCGUGUUGUCGUUGCCUGUAUGCCUUCAGGCGUAUAUGGCACCACAUCUGCAGCGACAGUAGCCCAUCAGAUGAUGUCUACCUUCAGGUCAAUCCGCUUCGGCUUAAUGGUGGGCAUCGGAGGAGGGGCACCCAAUGCAUCCGCCGACAUUCGAUUAGGUGAUGUCGUGGUGAGCAAGCCUACUGAUUGCUACGGGGGAGUAGUGCAGUAUGAUUACGGCAAAACUAUCCGAGACGGAGGGUUUAAACGCAUCGGCAUGUUGAACAAGCCCCCGAAGGUGCUCCUGACGGCUAUAUCUCAACUGCAAGCGGACGAUAUGUUGAGACCCAAUCGGAUUCCGGAGCACCUGUCUGAGAUGGCGGCUAAAUAUCCUAUUAUGACUGCCCAGUUUACACAUCACGGUCGACAGCAAGAUCAUCUAUUCGAAGCUCAAUACGAGCAUGUCGGGUCGGAAGAUACCUGUGAGCGGUGCGACCCGAGCAAGCUGGUGACUCGACCUCCCCGAGCUGGGAGCGAUCCAGUAAUUCAUUAUGGACUGAUCGCGUCUAGCAACCAGUUGAUGAAGCAUGGCGGAACUCGAGAUAGGUUAGCCCGGGAGCUCGGCAUCCUCUGUUUCGAAAUGGAGGCUGCCGGGUUGAUGGACGACUUCCAUUGUUUGGUUAUUCGGGGUAUCUGCGAUUAUGCCGAUUCGCAUAAAAACAAGCAGUGGCAGGAAUACGCAGCGGCAACCGCGGCAGCAUAUGCGAAAGAGAUUCUCUCGGUAAUCCCUGCAAUUCAGAUUUCGGAAACACAGACCACGAAGGACGAGAGGUCGCUGCUGAAUGAAGAACGGAAAAGGAUGUUGCUGGACUCAUUGAGGUUUAACCAAAUCGACGCUCGCCAGAUGACCAUCAAAAAAGCGCAUGCGAAAACGUGCACAUGGUUGCUAAGAAAAUCUGAAUAUCUCGAUUGGCUUGACCCCAACAAACUCAGCCAGCACCACGGCUUCUUGUGGAUCAAGGGAAAGCCUGGGACCGGGAAGUCGACCCUGAUGAAGUUCGCCCUUGCCAACGCCCGGAAGGUAAUCAAGAAUGAGAUCGUCAUCUCCUUCUUCUUUAACGCGAGGGGAGACGACCUCGAGAAGUCUACAGUGGGCAUGUAUCGAUCACUGUUACUUCAGCUUCUCGAACGGCUUCCAGCACUCCAGAGCAUCUUUGAUUGUCUCGGAUUAGCGGCGUGGGAUAGUAGUUGCCACGAAUGGCGCAUCGAGUCACUGCAAACACUCUUCGACGAGGCCGUUCAGGGUUUGGGGAAGUCCUCCCUGGUAUGUUUUAUUGACGCUUUAGAUGAAUGCGACGAGCGUCAAAUCCGGGACAUGAUUGCUUCUUUCCAACGUCUGGGCGAACUGGCCGUUUCAACCCACACUCGAUUUCAAGUCUUCUUUUCAAGUAGACACUAUCCGCACAUCACAAUCACAAAAGGCCUCAGUCUGGACCUAGAAGGACAAGACGGACACGAUCAGGACAUUACCAACUAUAUCGACAGCGAACUGAGAAUCGGUCAUAGCAACCUCGCCGAGCAGAUUAGAGCUGAACUUCAAGAAAAGGCGUCUGGGGUAUUUAUGUGGGUUGUCCUCGUGGUGGAUAUAUUGAACAAGGAGCAUGAUGAGGGCCGAACGACACGUCGUCUUCAACAAAAACUCAAAGAUAUUCCUAGCGAUCUACAUGAGCUCUUCCGCGACAUUCUAACACGAGACUGCCGCAAUAGAGACGAACUACUUCUUUGUAUUCAAUGGCUACUCUUCGCAAGACGGCCUCUGAAACCGGAAGAAUUGUACUACGGUAUACUCUCCGGGACUGAACCCGAGGAUCUGUCAAAAUGGGACCCCGAUGAGAUGUCGAUAGACGGUAUCAAGAGAUUCAUUCUAAAUUCUUCGAAAGGACUCGCCGAAAUCACGAGGUCUGGGACUCCAACUGUCCAGUUCAUUCAUGAGUCAGUGAGGGACUUCCUUCUCAAAGAAAACGGGUUAAGUGAAGUUUGGUCCGGUUCCGGAAACAACUUCGAAGGAGAAAGUCACGAGAGACUAAAGCAUUGCUGUCUGAACUACAUGAGCAUCGACGCCGUUACCUCUCUCGGUAUUGGCAACCCGCUUCCGAAAGCAUCAACCCAAGAGGCUGUAGUCCUCCGCCAACAUGCAGCCAAAGCGUUUCCGUUCCUAGAGUAUGCUGUACGAAACGUUUUAUCCCACGCCAAUACGGCACAAGCUAGCGGAGUCAGCCAGGGACAUUUUGUUCAUAGCUUCCAACUUGCCGAAUGGGUAAGGAUAGACAACAUAUUCGAAAGGCACGAAAUACGCCGACACACCCCAAACGUGAGUCUCUUAUACAUAUUGGCGGAGAACAACAUGGCCAGUCUCAUCAGAGUUCUCUCAUCCAAUCGAUCAUGCUUCGAGGUAGAAGAUGAGCGCUAUGGGCUGCCGAUUUUUGCGGCCCUGGCUACGGGAAGCAAUGAAGCGGUGCGAACAUUUUUGGAAAUCCAGGUAGAUACCCAGCCUGCAACGUCUCUGCUUCGCAACUUAUGCGAAGAGUAUUAUCAGGGCGGAAACAAACGAAUCAACCUUGGACGCAACUUCGCUUUCUCACAACGAAAAGGCCCUUUCUCUUACUUAGCAGAGCAUGGCGAUAGUAUACUUCUUGCUUUCCUCUGCGCUUCGGGCAAAUUCAACAUCGAAUCGACCACCAACGAUGGCUGGACGCCGCUGUCGUGGGCGGCCUGGAAGGGGCACGAGGCGGUGGUGAGGCUGCACCUCGAGAAGGGCGCCGACUUGAAGUCCAGGGAUAGCUUCGGUCAGACACCACUGUGGUGGGCGGCCUGGAAGGGGCACGAGGCGGUGGCGGUGGUGAGGCUGCUCCUCGAGAAGGGCGCCGACUUGGAGUCCAGGGAUAGCUUCGGUCAGACACCGCUGUCGAGGGCGGCCGGGAACGGGCACGAGGUGGUGGUGAGGCUGCUCCUCGAGAAGGGCGCCGACUUGAAGUCCAGGGAUAGCUACGGUAAGACACCGCUGUCGUGGGCGGCCUUGAACGGGCACGAGGCGGUGGUGAGGCUGCUCUUCGAGAAGGGCGCCGACUUGGGAUCCAGGGAUAGCUCCGGUCAGACACCGCUGUCGUGGGCGGCCUGGGACGGGCCCGAGGCGGUGGUGAGCCUGCUACGGUCACCUCAUCCCAUACUUAAAUAG